CGUAGGCCUCUCAGCAAUCGCCUGCGUCACAGCCAUUAUCUCUCCCUCUCUCCCUCUCUUCCCCGCCAUCAGCCUCCUCUUUGUCUCUCUUCCCAAGGCGACGAAGCCCGGCGAGAUGGCUUCCGGAGGACACCCUCAGCGGCCGCUCCAGUGCCACUUUGAACAGUCAUGCAACUUAUGGCCGCGCAGCAUGGCUCUGUCACGUGACGCCCAGCCUAUCAACCUUGACCCUGCAGGAUUGGCCUUAACAACAGAAACCGGUUUUUUCUUGAUAUGUCCUGUUUGAGGUGAAGAGGAAACCAGAGCGAGAGAGAGAGAGCUUGUUGCUUGCCGUCGCUCGUUUCAAUUUUUUUAUUAUUUUUUCUCUCUUUUUUCUUUCUUUGUUUUAUGUGUGUGUGUGUCGUCAGGCAGAGGGUUAUACGAAGGGAAAUGACCCCAUCAUUUUUCUGAUUUCGCCGUUUGCCUUACUUAUGCAAGUUGAGGCGUAACGAAGUGGCACUUAUCCGAUUCUGACCAAUUUAUAUACCAGGCGAACGAUUUUCUUGCCUCUAUCUUGUUCUCGAGAUAUAAGCUGCGUGUGUGACAUACGAUUUAAUUUUGAGAAAUUGGGCUGCCCGGCAUCGAAGGCCAACGUAUCUAUGCGUCUGAUUCCUAAAUUAAACUUAAUUGAAAUGAUUGCCGCGACUUGAUCUUCCAGUGACCCUCCCUAAUUACUUAGAACUCAAACGGUCACUUUAGGGUCCCAUUGCGCAGCGUUGCACUCGGCGAUAAAAAAAAGUAACCAACAGCAACGCCAUCGAUAAUUCACAUCUAUUUUCCAGUAGAUUGCCAUCCUCGCAUGCGUUGCUUCGUUGCAUAACCACGAUACAGAUAUGCUGUCCGAAGCUUCAAGUUGCGUAAACAAAGGACAAGGCACCACGUGGAUUCGAGGUCAAGAGGUUAAAUCUCUUGAAACGCAAGCGGCGCAUAUCCCAAGCGGCCCUGACUUAUCGACCUGCGAGCUCUUGCCUGCGCUCGGAUGCUCACACGCGUGCACAGCUGCACAAGCACAGCCGGAAUCCCCUUUCGAUUCAGAGUAAAACCCACGCACACGCUGCAUUUUGUGUGUACGAACGAAGGUGCCAUGUGUGAUAGAUUGCGCAUCUCUUAUGUUGUUUAUGCUUAAACUGUAUGCAGAUAUAUUUUACAUCAUAAUUAACUCUUGCUAUCAAGGAAUUAGCAAUGAACAUCUAAUAGGUGCAGUCAAAACGUGUCACAGACUGACUGAUAGAUAUAUACGUACACAUUUAUAAACAUAUAUAUCAAAUUGAAUAUCUUCAUAUUAUCAAUUUACAUCCAAGUCUAUCAGAAUGAACACACUAAGAAACCAUACUGAAGUAUGGGCAUUACUCAGAGUAAGCACCUGAGUAAUGCUAACACUUCUGCACUGAAGAUGUAGCUUCAAGAAAUCUCUUUAAGAUUUAAUGUAAACUGCUCAGAAAGCCGAUGUAUCGAUUACGAUCUUUGGUUCAGUAAAAAAAAAAAAAAACGAACUUUAAAUCAAUAAAUGGAUAUAAAAUCAGAUUCCAGACGGGCUGGAAUGUUCUUUCCGAAGACAAGACAAAAUUCCUGCGAGCAUGUUAAAACAACUAUUGAUCGAAGUCGUCAAAGCAGACGCAAGCAGGACAGCGUGGGCAGCGCACCUCCAGGCCGCUCAGAGAAAACGAUAGUGCCAUCGGGCGCCAUGCCGACGGAAAUGCCCGGAUUAAGGCCGCAGCUCAAGUCAAAGGUCUUCAUUUCGACGCCGCACUCGACGCGACGCGCGGCGAGGGAGCGGCGAGCGGGAGGCGGGGUCGCCGACGUCGCUCGACCGGUGGUUGGGAGGAGACCUGCGACUGACUCUUCUCUAGUCUCGACAGAAAUUAUAUACUUGAAUAACACACUUACACACAAGAUAGUUACCUUCUUGACAUUCAACACAUCCGUUGGAAAGCGGUUACGCAGGCAAUACUCUUGACGCGGGUCAACUCUUCCCUCAUUCUUAAGGUAGUCAAGUCACUC